AUGUCUACCCCGAAGGCGCGCAACCGCCGAUCAACGGCCAACCCUAAUCUUGGGACAAGCACACCCUCCGGUGAGACCACCUUGACCGGGCUACAACGACUUCCAAGUCACACGCGCUAUCCGCUCACACCCAGCCGCCUCAUUACCACAUUGACCCCUCCGCGCAACGAUCAGCAUCCCGAUAUACACCCCGAGCCAGAGCCUCAGCAGCACCAUCGACGCCCUAUGGAUUGCGCGCGCGACAACAAAGAGCCGCUAAUACUCCAGGGCGCGAUCGCCGGCGAAGCGGCCGAAUGUCUGCCUUUCCAAAUCACAGAAUUAGCGCCAGUCUCCAAACCCAUCGAGUCAUCACCUCAAGAGGAAGUCAAACCUGUGGAACAACAACUCGAUGAGAUUGAAGAACUCGACAAUGAGCCUGAGUUGGAACGGCCGCGGCUUUCACUUCCCCUUCAAGAGAGUAUGGAGGCCAGUGAAGAGGGAAGCCCGGAUAUGCCGCCACCGCGGCUGUCUAUAGCCUUUGAUGAGGAGGAUCUCACCUACCAGUCGGUCGAGUUUCCGCGGAGGGAUCUCGCCAUUCGUGACAAAGAGCGGCUGUCAAUGAUAGACCGCGCCGCGCGCAUGAGCGAGGAUUUUGGAGACGCUCGAUUGGAAAGUGACGAGGAAAUCGAGGAAGACACAGGAAUUGUGGGCGAGGACGGAUUUGCCGAUGAUACAAUGAUUAGUGGAGGAGACUUUGACCGAGGUGGAGAGACCGAAGACUUGGGCCGGUUCCAUAUCGAGAUGAACUUUCCAUCGCCAAACGCAAUCCCACUCGACGACGAACCUCUGGGAGAGGACAUUGAAGACACGGACGGGUUCCGCCUAUCUCCAGGCGACAUACAGCCAGUUCCCGCCACACCUUCCGAUGGCGGUGCUAAUGAUGGUGACGAUCAUGAUGUAGGUGCUGGAUUUGGAUUCGGUCUCGAGUUCCCGCCCGCGGUGUCUCCUAGUCAAAGUCCAGGGAUGGUAGGAGGUGGUUUGCGAGACGAAGCUGCGCCCACGCAGGGGAAGCAGAAGAAGGUCUCACGACACGGAAUUCCAGUGCCCAGCUUACCGGCUGGGGUAGUGAAGAAGUUGGCCAGCCAAUUCGCUCGUGCUGGAUCGGGUUCGAAUGCCAAAAUCAGCAAAGCCACGUUGGCUGCCAUUGAACAAGCAUCAUCUUGGUACUUUGAACAAGUGAGCCAGGACCUGGCAGCAUACUCCAAGCACGCCGGGCGCAAGACUAUCGACGAAAGCGACGUGGCCACCCUUUUGAAAAGGUAUCAUGCUGUCCAGUCGAUUUGGGGAAAACUCAACGUUGCUAACCCAGUGAUUCAUAGACAACGACACAUCAACAGCACCACCACGAUGUUUUCUUUGGCCCAGAAGCACCUGCCAAAGGAACUCCAACAAGACAUGAGACUGGCGAUGCCUCCAUGA